AUGAAAAGACAAUUGGAUUCAGAAAAUACAGUCUUUGAAUUCUGUAUUAAGCAAAUAUCAGCUUUUGUUCAUGCUGUAGAAAAAAGGAUAGAAAAAAGUAAGAAGUUAGUAGAAAUUGAUUUGCUCAAGAAAACAGAAGCUGAAAAGGCUGCAAAUAAACAGUGCUUAACAGUAAAUGAGUUACUUGAACAGACAUGUAAUGCUUACUAG